GCAGCAGGGGGCAGGGAUGGGAGCAGGAUGGGAGCAGUGAUCCUCUGUGGAUCCUCAUGUCUCACAGCUUAUAGGACGAACCAUGUGCGGAUUUUAUGGACCGUGGGAUCUCGGUGGGACAUCACAGCAUCACUGACUGAAGCCCCUUGUGUGAAUGUGUGUGUCCAUGCAGGUGGGAAUACAGCGUUUGUGAAUUGGGUGUGUGUCUGAGUGAGUGUGUGGGACGAUGCCGGGGCUCGAGACCAGCCUGGUGGCGCGACGCUGCCUCACCUUCGCUACAGGUCUGGUGGAGUGUCUGUGUUUUGCUGGAGCUGUUUUCGGAUGGGCUUCCCUCGUCUUUGUGCUCAAGCAGGAGGGAUACUUCAGCUCUCUGUGCAUCAACGCCACAGGAAUCAAUUCAACGCAGGUUCUAGAUUGCAGCAGACAAGAUGAGCAGUUCUCACUCGUCUUCACCAUUGCAUCCUUUAUGAAUAAUUUCCUGACGCUGCCCAACGGUUUCCUCUUUGACCGGUUUGGAACGACAGUGGCUCGACUUGUUGGAAUAUUGCUUUACACCACAGGUACCUUGAUGGUGGCCUUCUCAACUUCAGUUCUGCCAAACCUGCUCUUCCCGGCGCUCUCCCUCCUUUCUGUGGGCGGCAUCUUAUUUCUGAUGACCAACAUGCAGGUGGGAAACCUGUUCGGCUCACAUCGCUCCACCAUCAUCACUCUGUAUAACGGGGCCUUUGACUCUUCCUCAGCACUCUUCCUGGUAAUCAAGUUGUUAUUUGAGUCUGGCGUCUCUCUUCGUGCCUCCUUCCUCUUCCUGUCUGCCUGCAGCGGCAUUCACCUGCUCAGGACGUUCUUCCUGCUGCCCAGAAACUUCAUCCCCUACCCGCUGCCUGAUCACUACACGUACGGGAUAACCUGCAGCAAAUCAGAGACUCUGAGCUCAGAGGUGGCAGCAAAUGGAAACGCACAGACAGCGAUCGAGGAAGCGGCGCUCAACGAGGACAUCCCUGUGAAACAAGAGAAGAGUUUCCGUGAGUGUUUGCUGUCCAGGUUCUUUGCAUGGCACCUCCUUUGGUUGUCUGUGAUGCAGCUCAGACACUAUCUGUUCAUCGGCACCCUCAACCCCAUGCUGCAGAGGCUGACGACCGGAGAGUCUUCACUGGUGAGCCAGUACACCAAUGCCUUUGCUAUCACCCAGCUGUGUGGUGUGCUGUGUGCUCCCUGGAACGGCCUCAUUAUGGACCGGCACAAAGGCAAACCUCGCCGUGCAGGAGAGAGCGAACAGGAGGCAGACCUGCGGGCUUCGGUGCUUUCUCUCUUCCUGACAGCGCUGCAGUGUUUGCUGUUCUCUGUUUGUGCCUCCACACCUUACCUGCCGCUCCAGUACCUCACCUUCAUCCUGCAGGUGCUGAACCGCUCCUUCCUCUACGGGGGCAACGCAGCCUUCAUCAGUGUGGCUUUUCCUUCAUGCCACUUUGGGAAGCUGUACGGUUUCGUCAUGGCUCUGUCUGCCGUGUUUUCAUUGCUGCAGUAUCCCUGCUUCGCUCUGGUGAAAGGAGCUCUGAAUGGAGAUCCUUUAUAUGUGAACAUCGGUCUGACGGUACUCACCCUGUUGGCCUUCAUCCAUCCCCUCUCCGUUUACCUGCACUGUCGAAGAGUUUCCUCCCAGCAAGCCAAGAGCAAAGCCAUCAGUGCCUCGUCUUAAAGUCUGUUAAGUGACACCAAAGAAUCACUCUUCAGAUUGACCACCAGUGACACUGUUACCUCUUCAGUUUGUUUUAUUGUUGGUACCCACGUGGCCGUGCUGUGAUGCCAUUUCCACAAUCAAGGUAGUCAGUUUUUUCUGUUUUCCAGGCUCUAUGUUUCAACACUUUUAAUUAAAAAUUAUAAAAAGGACACAGCAUUGAAGUGCCAAUGUAAAAAGUGCGCAUAGUGUAAGAGUUGACACUUUAAUUUAACGAUUUUAUAGAAUCUCAUUUGCCUGAUGUCGUCAACACAGACAUCUCUGUAUCUUCUCUGAUGAUGCUCUCUGAGGCCUUUCACCAAGAUUACUGCAGCUCAGCCUGAUUUAAUCAGGUGAAUCAUCAGCUAGUUGAAGAUGUUCCACCUCCUCACCCUGGAAACCUUUUUUGACUGAAUCUGAACGCACAGAUUGUGCUUCGUUGCGUUCAUCCUGUUGCUUCUUCCAGCUGUGAAAUCAUCAGUACCUGUGCCAAUUCCAUUGCCAUAACAGAAGGGAAGAUAUGCUUUGCGUCAUUAGCGGUUCUUUUUUUUUUUUUUUGUUAAUCAUACCCAUCAUGCUCUUUACAUCAUUUUGAUAAUAGCUGAUUUUUUUUUUUUUUUUUUUUUUAUACCUUUCUGUUUGGUGGUUACCAGGGGUUUCCAUCUCUCAGUGAAUCCUCCUAGGACAAGUCUUCUCUUGAACAAGGAAACUUGUGCGGCUACAUCCAUCAGAGUUUUCUUGACUUGCUGUCAUAAAGGUGUUUUUAAUCUCCAUGCAAAUAAUUUUCUGUUUGUUCUGAAAACUUUUGGUGUAGAUUGUUGUCGCUUUUAGUCAGUCUAAAUGGUACCUGUCAGUCAGCUCUGAGGCAUGUUUGAGCUCCUUUGGGCAACAUUGAAACAACACAGAUACCAAAACAUUUUGUAAUGCAGUGGUAUCUACUCAGACUCAAAGGAAAGCUGAGUCUUGGCACUUGAAUGUAGUUUGCACUGAUUUAUUUAAAGUUGAUUUGAUGAAGAACAGAGCCUGGAGAACAGAAAAAACUGCCCACAUACUUGCAGUCUGGGAUGUUUUCCCAUUUUCUGACAUCAAGUGCUUUUAAAUGCACGUGAGAUUGUAGUGUAGCGUUCAGUGUGCUUUCAGGUACAGUCUAGUUGUUUCCACAGCACUGUUUGAGCAUUUUAACCACAGAAUUGGAUGCAUCCGUAAUAUUUAAGAGAUUCUGGGAUGCAGCUGUAACCGACUGCCCACACGACCCUUUAUCUCUUCCAAGUUUUCCGAGGUACAUUAUUUUAUUCAAUCUGAAUUUUUGUUUUCACACAAUCCUUUUAUUUUUGUGACAACUUUUGGAGUUCCAGCUGAUCUUGAGCUGUUCCUUUAAGCAUCUCAGUUUUUUCCCCCGUCAUGCUAGCUAUGCUAAUUCUGGUUUCCAGUGCUUUGGCAUGUCUUAUGCUGCUUGAUUAGUGCAUUCUUACUAUUUAACAUAUUUUUAGGUGUUUUUUUUAAAUAUUUUAUGUCAUACUGGCAACCUAAAGAGAUGUUGCACAAACAUGAAAACGUGACAUAUCAUGUUUACAUCAGUGCAGACCUCUUCCAAGUUAUAUCAAUAUGCUGUAUAUUUUAAUUAUAACUGAAAAAGGGCCAAUACUGUUGAUUAUAUGACUGAAAAAGGGACAUUGGGGAUGAGACUAUGAUGAAUAAAGUGUAAAAUAACAACUUAAGGUCAAUGUUGGACGUAAAAACUCCUCAGUGAAGCCCUUCUGUUAGUACAAAGGUCAGUGGUUCAGCUACUCAGUCCUGCCAUCUGCUGGCUUCACAGUGGACCUGUUCAUACUAACAUCACUGUGACAAACCAAUGAAAACAUUGUGAAGUUUUGUUUGCAUUCAGCUUGUGAAGUCUCAGGUGCUCAGUGUGUUUUUGUAUCUUUUUAAAUGCACUAUAUCAUAACUAAUGUUGACAUGUGAAGGAUUAUGAAGGGAUUUUUUUUUUUAAAUUGCCAGUAAGUUUCUGUGUCCAGCUGACAGUACUUUAUGAAGUGCCAAAUCUUUGUGGUUUGUAGAAACGGUGUUCUACAUACAAUAGCAAAUCUACAUGUAAUAUACAAACUUAACUGUGCUCUGCCAAAUGGAAUAUAUGUUUUGAUAACUUUUGUAGUGUAAAGGCAUUGAUAUCCCUAAAAAGGCCUGUUACAGAAACAGUGAAUGUAAUGUGAAACCUUUAUGUACUUGUAGGCAACUGCCACUUGCAGGUGGUGUAGAAAGUGAAAUAGUUUUUUAUUAAGGAGAGAAAAGUUUAAAUGAAACACGUCCAGUAAAUGUAUGACUUAAAUACAAACACCCAACUUUACUGUGUUGUAUAUUGAAGUGAUAAUUAAAUGUUAAUCCCAGAAUACCAA